AUGAACUUUACCGCGCGCGUUAUGGUAUCUGGCCUCGAUCGCCGGCUCAAACUGUCUUCUCUCAUCAAGCUUCGUCUAAUCGUUCCUCCAUCUCUUUACUUCUUGAUCUCGUUAAACUACGCACUUGUCAGCCUUGCCUUCAAGGUACCAUUUAAUCGCAGGCGAGUCGUCCCAUUGUCUCAAGCGUGUUCGCGUCUGAUAGGUGACAGUAGAUUCGGAAAUGGUGGUUUUGUGGCAUUCUGGAUGCUAGCCUGGGUAGGGAUGACCGCUCUUGGCCUCGCAGUGGAGGCUCUGGUGACCAUCUUGACGCCGAAAUUCAUACCCUUCUUCCUUGUCCUAUGGCUAAUCGCCAAUGUCUCCGUAUCAUACUACCCGAUCGAGCUCCUGCCUACGAUCUUCCGCUACGGAUACGCCGCCCCGUUCUACAAUGUCUCACGCGCCGUCAGAACCAUCGUGUUCAGUACCAGGAACCAAGUUGGGCUGAACUUCGGUGUUCUAUUUGCAUGGAUCGCCGUCUCGUGUUUGACGAUCCCUUUGUUCCAGUGGUUCAUGAGGAGACAAGCAAUGACAGAGUUCCGGAAGUCACAAGGUCAGAAGGGCGAGAAGCAAGCUUGACUGUUCCUCGGUUCUCCUGACAACGCGGGGGAGGGGCUAAGGGAGGGUUGUCUGACGAUAUAAUAUACCACGAAAUCGU